UAAAGACGUUCUCACAAUAGAGAGGCCGAUUGAUGAGUAGUAUUUCUGUUUUCUUGUGCAUCUCGAUCCUCGAUACUCCAUCCCCUGUUCUUUUAUCUUCAUCGUUCUUUUUACUUCUGUUAAGUGUUAACUCUGCAUUCGAUCACCAUAACCUGAUCCUCUGUGAAAAUGGGUCCUCCAAAGCAGAAAUGGUCUGCGGAAGAAGAAGCUGCCCUGAAAGCUGGGGUUCUUAAACAUGGGACUGGGAAGUGGAGUGCUAUUGCUAAAGAUCCUGUGUUUAGUAGAAUCUUGUAUUUACGCUCUAAUGCGGAUAUUAAGGACAAGUGGAGAAACAUGAAUAUGAUGCCGUGUGGAUUUGAGACCAGGAAAAAGUCAGGGGUGAAGCAUAAAAGAGUUCCAAUGCAAUCCACAACUGUUAAGCAAGAGGAGAACGUUUCUAGUGCUAGUGAUGUUCCUCAAAAUGAAGAGAUGCCAGAUAUUAAGCCUCAUGCACGGAUUUCAAUUCCCUCAGAAAGGUCCAUUGAAAGGCUGGACAGACUUAUAUUGGAAGCUGUAGCCAACUCGAAAAAUCCUGGUGGUUCUAAUGAAACUGCAAUUGCUUCAUACAUAGAGGACCAAUGUUGGACACCUCCAGAUUUCAAACACGUAUUGUCUGCAAAUAUGAAGUAUUUGAUAUCAAGUGGAAAACUCGUUAAAAUUGAUGAAGAGCUUGCAAACAUGAGCAGUGUGACCCCUCAAGAAGCUGCCGCUGCUGCUUAUCGUGCAGUAGCUGAGGCGGAGGCCGCUAUGGCAGAAGCUGAAGAAGCUUCCAGGGAAGCAGAUGAAGCAGAAGCAUAUGCAAAAGCGGCACAAGCAUUUGUAGAUGCAGCAACUAAGAUGCUAAGAGGGAGGAGCAUUCCUAAGAUGUUGAUGGAGAGCAUAGUUUAAAAUCAAGGCCGCAUCACAUCGCGUCGUCUGCAUUGUAAAGGUUUUCAAAAAAAUAUACCGAUAUUUUCCGCGUGGUAAAGGUGUAACAAUCCGCGUUUUGGGCCGUACAAAGGAGUAUCUUAUUGUUUCGACCGAUAUUUAAGCGUUACGAUAACCGCAUUAUAUUCUGUUACUACAAUCGACCGAUCGUGAUCUUUACCACAUUUCUACACUAUGAUGGGGAGUCUUUAGCUGUUGUGGAUGGUGUUAGACAGUUACUGAAAUUGUUGCCUCACUUAAAAGUUCAAAUUUUUAUCUUAGAAUAGAGUUAUAAGUCCUGUUACAUUAAAUUGAUCAGUGUUUUGUCUUUGACUCCAUCAAGUUCACUUGGUCUUUAGGGAAUGCCCUAUGUUCCGCAAUUCAGUUGUGACUCAAAAUUGAUAGAAUUUAUAAAUUAUAGGUGUGAUUGAUGCAAUAUGGAAAAUCAAAUAUGUUUGAAUUUGGUUGAAUUCACUCCAAA